GAAAGGUUGAAAUUAAUUAGGAAUCGAAAAUAGUAGUGUAAGCAGCAGGUCCAUGAGGGACAUUGUGGGUCUCAAAUUUCUCUCUCACUCAAUAACAACACACACCAACAUUAACACCUUUCUCCCCCACUAAUUCAUCAAGAGAUUCAGGGCUUCAUUUGUCAAUUGAUAGUGGUGGGGGGUUACUUGCCUUUUUUGGCUAAAGGGGAUAAUAUUGAGAUUUUAGGUGUUUUUUAAUAAAUUUUUUUAGUCUGGCACAAAGAUUUUGACUUUGGAGAUCUGAUUGUUGUACUUGGGAGAACUGAGUAUUUGAGAUUUGGGACGGUCCCGGAAGUCAGAAAGGAACAGAUAUGGAGGAUAAGAAAGCGUUGAUGGAGCUCGAUUUGAGAAAUGAAUUUAUGCCUCUUGAUGAGUGUACUGACAUGGAAAUUGAUGAAAAUGAGAAUGGUAGUAUGAAAAAUGAAGGAGGAGAGGCAAGUGAUGGUGAUGUAGUGUUUUCAAGGGAAGGUCCAUUGGCAAGUGACGGACAUAUAGGAAUGCUUGAAAAUACUUGCACUUGCGGAGCAUCUAAAAAGAUGAAAUCUACACUGGCGACUUCAGAUUCUGAAACUGGAAGUACUGAUAAUGGCGUGCCUGCAAAGAAACUCAGCAGACAAGACAGGAUUGAGCUGGGGAGAAUGUUUCAGGCUGCUGUGAGUUGUCGUGACUGGGAACUUGCGGAAAGUCUGAUUUUGUUGGCGGAUCCCCAGACACUAAAUGAUUCCUUGUGUAUUUCGCUCGAUUCAGUUUGGUUUUUGAGCACAGAGGAGGAGCUAUUUGGUAUAACAGGAAUAAUCAAAAAAGUUAUUGCUAAUGGUGCUUAUGACUUUACUAGAGCUGCUCUCAGAACUUCAUUCCUUGCAUCCUGUGUUUCUGCAUGCCAAAGCCGAACAAUGAGCCUGGCGGAUACUGUUUCUGUAAUGGCAGAACGGUUGCACGAACGUCUCCAGGAAUGUAACGGGGAUGAGGUUUUGAAAGCUGAGGCUGGUGCCAAGGUCCAAAAGUUCACUGAAUGGGCUCUGAAAUGUAUAGGUUUUCAUUCUCGUUGCCAGGGUAAUGGAGAUGACAUCUAUCAAAACUCACCCGUUCAGAUUCAACUUCAAUUAUCCGCAUUCAAGAUUUUUCUUGAUUUGGCGGGAAACAAUCUAUCUGGAAAGGACUUUACGGAAGCCUUUGAUGCAGCGUGUUUCCCUCUUACUCUGUUUUCUAGUUCAUUUGAUCCCGGUUGGGCAUCAGGCAUAUCAGCGACUGCCAUCCAAGGGUUGCUGAGUAUGCUCGUAGAUGGGGGUGCAGACAAUGUCAAUCAAUGUUUUCUUGAAGCCUCACGUUUCGGGAGUACAGAGCUUGUCCGCAUCCUUUUGCAGAUCGCCCAAAGGAAUAGUUUGGAUGUUGAUGUUGAUCUGGCUUUGGGCUUUGCUUCUCAUUAUGGCAAGAUUGGAACUAUGGAAUGUCUAGUCGAAGAAGGGAAUGCAAUGACCUUUUUGGGUCCUCUCAUGAGGGCAGCUGAGAGGGGUUGUCUGCUGGUUGUUCAAUGGUUUGUUAAGAGAGGCUGCCGAGACAUGGAACUUUGUCUAGCUCUUACAGCUGCCACUUCCAGUAGUCAAGUUGAGAUCGCUGCCUAUCUCCUACCUCAUGUCCCGCAUCAUGUGCUUUCAGCUCUUAGCGUUGAAAUUCUAAAGGCUGCUGGUGAAAGAAGCAGUGGGUCACUUGACGGGGUAGCAUUUCUCCUCAAGUCUGAUUUUCUUGGAGAUCCUGCAGCCACAUACGCUGUGGCUGAGAGCAUUUCUAAAUCUGAUGACGACGGUGUUGCACCCCAGCUCAGGGACUUUCUGCGGGAACACUGGUCAGAAGGUGCUUUCUUGGAUGGGUUGAGAGAAGGCGAAGAUAACUACUUAAAUUUAGUGAGGAUUUUGAAGUGGGGUGAAUCUCCUAUUUGUUUAGGAGAUCUUCCGUCUGCUCUAAAGGUGGCUAUAGCGUACCUGCCAUUGUACAGGGAGUGUGUUGAGGCAGGGGGGUGUUUGCUGUCACAGAGACUGAGGGGACAACUUGUGGAAGCUGCAAGAAGAUUGGGAGGUAAAAAAUUGGAUGAAGCUGGACAAGAAAAAGAACUCUUGGCUGUUUUGGAGCAUCAUCUUCCUCAGUUUUUUUUGUACGAGGCAAAGUGUGCUUAAUCAAGAUUAUCAUAUCUUAAAUUUUGUACUCAUGGAUUUCAUCUUAUCUCCUCCAGCUCGCAUGGAUGUUAAUAACAUAAUAUAGAGAGAUUAAAGGUGAUUGAAAAAUGUAUGCUUUAUCGUUUGAAAUUUAUCUUUUGCUUCCCUAUC